AUGCUGUUGGUGAAGUGGAGGAUGGUGGUGGACUCCCUGUGUGGACGGAAGAGGAGGGUGCCCUGUUCCUUCUGGUUUCUCCUGCUGUUCGCUGCUGGAGGUCUGGUUCUCUUCAUCCACCAACAGGAUCUGUCAGAGAUGGCCCAACAACAAGGUCCAGGCGUGAAGCUGGGAAGCACUCCACGGCAGUCCAGAGAGACUCUUUCCACCCAAGACAGGAAGAGAGACAAAUCUGACAAUUAUCAGGACCUGCAAACAGCAGAAGGCAUCUUGUCCAGCCCAAUCCCUCCCAUGCAGUUCCCACACUUUGAGAAGAGUGGACAGAUGGCUACCCCUGGGUCCCCAGAGCAGGACAUAGGCUUGAUUCCUGUCUCCAAAAGACAGCGCAAACUGCUGAAAACCACCCCUCCAAUCCACCAUACCACCAAUAAUGUUUCCUCCUCCACUUCCUCUUCUUCCACCUCUUCCUCCUCAUCUUCCUCAACUUCAAUUUUGUCCUCCUCUGCCUCAAUUUUGUCCUCCUCUGCCACAGGCUCUUUAGCCCUUGACAGGUGGAGAAAGCUCUCCAAUAUCCUGGAAGCACGUCGGCAAAUGAUGAAGGAGAUGUGUGCUAAGUACAAAAGCAGCAUCUCCAGGGCUGUCACACGUCAUCACGUGAAAGACAUCUUUGUUGAGGACAAGUACAAGUUGUUGUACUGCCAGAUACCCAAGGCGGGCUGUUCCAACUGGAAGAGGACCCUAAUAGUGCUGGCAGGCAAGGCUUCUGAUAUUCAGACCCUUAAACAUGACACGGUCCACAAUGGAAACCAUCUCAGGACUCUUAACAGCUUUGACCAAAAGGGAAUCAUGUACCGUCUGAAAACCUACACCAAAGUCAUGUUUGUCCGAGAGCCCUUGGAGAGACUAGUGUCUGCUUACAGGGACAAGUUUGUGAAUCCCAACGACUACUACCACUCCCUGUUUGGGAAACCCAUCAUCAACAAGUACAGGGUGAACGCGUCCAAGGCAGCCCUGGAGACAGGCAAUGGGGUCACAUUCCAUGAGUUUGUCCAGUAUCUGCUGGACGUCCACCGACCUGUUGGAAUGGACAUCCAUUGGGAGCAGGCGAAUCAGAUCUGCAACCCUUGUCACAUAGACUAUGACUUUAUCGGCAAGUUUGAGAACAUGGACGAAGAGUCCAACUUUCUCCUGCGACUGACUGGGGCCCCGCCCAACCUCAAGCUGCCCAGUUUUAAAGAUAGGAACCCAGGUGACAAGAAGACCUCUACAGCAAUCACACAAAAAUACUUUUCACAGGUCAGCUUAUUGGAGAGACAGCGAGUCUAUGACUUCUACUACAUGGACUAUCUGAUGUUUAACUACUCCAAGCCUUUUAAAGAUUUAUAUUGA